AUGAAUAUUUCUCGAAUAGCUCUUUCUCCAAAUGCAAACAUCUUGAUCUCAGUCGACGAGGAUGGAAAAUGUUUAUUGAUCAAUUUUCCCCGACGUGUCGUAUUGAGUGAAUUCAAUUUCAAAUCUAAAGUUAAUGAUUUGCAAUUUAGCCCUGAUGGGAAAUUCUUUGCGGUGACACAUGGAAAACAAGUGCAUGUUUGGCGUUCCCCUGGAUUCAAUCGUGAAUUCGCGCCAUUUGUUUUGCAUCGUAAAUAUACUGGGCAUUAUGAUGACGUUACUUCUAUUACAUGGUCUCCUGAUGGCCAAUAUUUUUUGACAACUUCAAAAGAUAUGACCGUAAAAAUUUUUUCACUUAAUCACAUUGAAGGAUUCAUACCAAUAACAUUAAGCGGUCAUCGUGAUACGGUAAUCGGUGCCUAUUAUUCAAAAGACGGGAAAUAUCUUUACACUGUGAGUAAAGAUGGCUCAUUGUUUAUUCGAGAAUUUAAAACUGACUAUAAAAAUGAUGACGAUGAUAUGGAUAUUGAUAAAGAACAAGACGAUGAUUCAAUAAAAAAACCGAAAAUGAAACGCUGGCUUAUUAUUCAAAGGCAUUACUUUAAUCAGGAUGGUGCAAAAGUCGAGUGCAGUUUUUACCAUUUAGAGUCGAAACUUUUGGUGGUUGGAUUUUCAUCUGGAACUUUUGGUAUUUGGGAGAUGCCAGAAUUUAAUAAUAUACAUACAUUAAGUAUUUCACAGAAAAAGAUCAAUUCCGUGGCAAUAAACGCAACUGGCGAAUGGCUUGCAUUUGGUUCUUCGAAACUUGGCCAGUUACUAGUAUGGGAAUGGCAGUCAGAAUCAUAUGUGCUUAAACAACAGGGACACUAUUAUGACAUGAAUACCAUUUCGUAUUCAUCUGAUGGACAAUAUAUAGCUACAGGGGGCGAUGAUUCAAAGGUGAAAGUAUGGAACACGACUACUGGAUUUUGCUUUGUAACAUUUUCUGAGCAUAGCUCAGGCAUAUCAGUAGUAGAAUUUGCAAAACAAGGCCAAGUAUUAUUCUCGGCUUCAUUAGACGGAACAGUGCGCGCAUUCGAUUUAAUACGAUACAGAAAUUUUCGUACUUUUACUUCACCCACACCCGUACAAUUCACAGCACUAGCUGUUGAUCCCAGUGGAGAAAUAGUAUGUGCCGGGUCAAUGGAUACAUUUGAAAUUUUCGUGUGGUCAGUGCAAACAGGGAAAUUAUUGGAUAUUUUAUCGGGUCACGAAGGUUCGAUUUCUAGUCUGGCGUUUAGUCCAACUGGGAUGUUGUUGGCCUCAGGAUCAUGGGAUUGUACAGCGCGUACUUGGGAUGUGUUUGGUCGUGGAAGUCAUGUUGAAGUGUUCCGCCAUAGUCAUGAUGUAUUGACGAUCGCUUUCCGACCUGAUGGUAAAGAAUUGGCUGUUACCACUUUGGACGGAUUAAUUUCGUUUUGGGACGUUGAACAUGGCACUCAGUUACACGAGAUUGAGGGUCGUAAAGAUAUUUCGGGUGGUAGAAAAGAAACUGAUCGUCAAACAGCUGCAAAUUCAUCAUCCGGAAAAUCAUUUAAUAGUAUAUGUUAUACCGCGGACGGGUCAAGUGUCAUAGCAGGAGGAAAUAGCAAAUAUGUUUGCAUAUACGAUGUAAAGACUUCGAUACUUCUAAAGAAAUUUGAAAUUUCACAUAAUUUGUCGUUAGACGGUGUACGUGAGUUUCUCAAUAGUAAACGAAUGACCGAAGCUGGACCGAUUGGACUAAUUGACGAUACGGGGGAUCUUAGCGAUUUAGAGGAUCGAAUGGACAAUAGCUUACCUGGGACACAAAAAGGGGACUUAUCAGUACGAAAAACCAGACCUGUAAUCCGAACUAAAGCUGUGAAGUUUUCCCCAACUGGACGAUCAUGGGCUGCUGCCUCUACUGAAGGCUUAAUAAUUUAUUCGCUGGAUGAAACAUUAUUAUUUGACCCGUUUGAACUAGAAAUCGAUAUUACACCAGUUUCCGUACUUGAAAUGUCUCACCAAAAAGAACACCUGAAAGCUUUAGUUAUGGCUUUUCGAUUAAAUGAAGCUUAUAUAAUAAGUCAAGUCUAUGAAGUUGUACCACCAUCCGAGAUCGGAUUGAUCGUAAAAGAAUUGCCGGAUCGAUAUAUUGAACGACUAUUUAAAUUUAUUGUUACUCAAAUGGAGCAACAGUCACCACAUAUAGAGUUCCAUAUGUUGUGGAUCAUGCGGUUGUUCAUGGCUCAUGCAAAAUGGAUUAGACAGGGAAGUCACGGCCAACUUGCUGCUGUAUUGAGAGGAUUACAGAAAGUUGUUGCUCAAGCUAAAGAAGAUUUGGGAAAAGU